UUCGGACCUUGGCUCCUCGCUGUAAGUCAUUAGUGAGUGUUAUUAAUAAUGUAAUAGUUUGAAAAUGGAACGUGGUGUAGCCUAGUUUGUUUUUUUUCAGAAAAUAAACUCUUUAAUCUUCGAUCACUUUCAGUUAUCACUCAUCUUUUUGUAACGUAAAAGUGCGGUUUAUAAUGGUGAACUUAACGUCAGUGCUCAAGUGUCAAAAAUACUUUCAAACUCGAUCAUCUUUCAAGUUACCUGAUAGGUCUAUUCUAAAUUGGUAUCCAGGACACAUGUACACCGGUUUUAUAGAUAUGCAGAAAAAACUGAGAAAUAUAGAUUGCAUUAUUGAAGUUCACGACGCCAGAAUUCCGUUAUCUGGGAGGAACCCCAGAUUUUCUGAGCAAAUUUGUUCUGUUAGACCCCACAUUUUAGUUUUAAAUAAAAUGGAUCUUGCUGAUCCCAAUCUCUACGAUGUUGCUGCGGACGCCUUAAAAUCUCAGGGCUCUCCAAGAGUAAUUUAUACGAACUCCAAAGAUCAACAGUGUGCUGGUGUAAAGCGUAUCAUUCAUGAAAUGGUGAACAUUUUUUCAUCAUCAAAUCGGUUCAACCGCUCCGAAGAAAAAGAAUUUACAGCUAUGAUUAUUGGUGUGCCUAAUGUAGGAAAGUCAUCCUUAAUUAACACUUUGAGAAAUAGAAACAUGAAAAAACAAAAUGCUGUGAAAGUAGGUGCUGUAGCAGGAGUCACCAAGGCUGUAGGUGAAAGAGUAAAAAUCUUAGAAUCUCCUCCAAUCUACAUUUAUGACACGCCAGGAAUUCUCCAACCGUCCAUUCCCAAUGUAGAAGUUGGUAUGAAACUGGCUCUUUGCGCUAUUUUCAAAGACACUGAUAUUGGAUUCCAUUUUAUGGCUGAUUAUCUAUUGUAUUGGUUAAAUAAGAAUAAUAAUUACUGCUAUAUAAGUUAUUUAGACUUGAAAGAGCCAUCGGAUAACAUUGAUGAAGUCUUAGUUCUAUCUGCAAUUGCUAAAAAAUAUUUUAGAAAAUCAAAACACAAUUGGAAUAAUGGAUCCAACGUAGUACCAGAUACUGAUAAAGCAGCUUAUAGUUUUGUGAACGCUUUCCGACGAGGUAUAUUCGGAGAAAUUACUUUGGAUGGACACAUGCUUAGUUAAUUAUUGGAAAUGUUUUAUAGUAAUAAAUAAAAUAUAUUUAACUAAGAAAAA